AGCACUCAGGGAAGCUUCAUUAGUCGUCAGAGGGAGGCAAGGCUCUGACUCAUGCCUGCGUGAAGAGACCAAUGGGCAGCCGAUGCGUGAGAUAUAAAUAACGAAUAUAUAUAAAAAAAAUAUAUAUAUUCUUGAGGGAGAAAGGGUCACUUGCGCGCUGCUGGAUGAGAUUUUACCAGUGCGCUCUGUUGGUAUUCCGCCUCCGCCACCACUGGACUGUUUCUUGUCGUGCCUUGGGUGGCAAUUUUAACAUCUGGGUAUAGUUUCUCUGGACUCGACAACCUGUGCGCUCGUGAGCCGCUGAUUUAUUUCCCAGUCGGAGAUCAGACACCCAGAACGGCUGUAGGGAUUACCCAGGACUGAUGGCCACGUCUGAACCGAGAGCCACCGGCGGGGACCAGGACCCCAACUCCGCCAAUUUAAGACCCCCGUCCACAACCUACGAAUAUGCGUGGAUGCACGGAUGCACACGGAAACUGGGGAUGAAGAUUUGUGGGUUCCUGCAGAAGAACAACAGCCUGGAGGAGAAGGGGAGGCUCGCGGGCCAGAAGAACUUGCUCUCGUGCGACAAUAGUGACAGGGACGCGCGCUUCCGACGCACGGAGACUGACUUCUCCAACCUGUUCGCCAGAGAUCUGCUUCCUGCCAAAAAUGGAGAAGAGCCAACCAUGCAGUUCUUGUUGGAGGUGGUUGACAUCCUCACUAAUUAUGUCAAGAAGACCUUCGACCGCUCCACCAAGGUGCUGGACUUCCACCAUCCCCACCAGCUGCUGGAGGGCAUGGAGGGCUUCAACCUGGAGCUGUCGGACCAGCCUGAGUCUCUGGAGCAGAUCCUGGUGGACUGCAGGGACACGCUUAAAUAUGGAGUCCGGACAGGUCAUCCUCGCUUCUUCAACCAGUUGUCGUCUGGUCUGGACAUCAUCGGUCUGGCUGGAGAAUGGCUCACAUCCACCGCCAACACCAACAUGUUCACCUACGAGAUCGCUCCAGUGUUUGUGUUGAUGGAGCAGCUGACUCUGAAGAAAAUGAGGGAGAUGAUUGGAUGGCCCGGUGGAGAAGGAGAUGGCCUCUUUUCACCAGGGGGCGCUAUCUCCAACAUGUACAGUGUGAUGAUUGCACGUUACAAGUAUUUCCCAGAAGUCAAGACCAAGGGCAUGUCUGCUGCUCCCCGACUCGUCCUUUUCACAUCCGAACACAGUCACUACUCCAUAAAGAAGGCUGGUGCUGCUCUGGGGUUCGGUACAGAGAAUGUGAUUCUGCUGAGCACAGAUGAGAGGGGGAGAGUCAUUCCUGCAGAUCUGGAGGCAAAGAUUAUUGAUGCCAAACAAAAGGGUUAUGUGCCGUUGUUUGUGAACGCGACAGGUGGAUCUACAGUGUACGGUGCAUUUGACCCCAUCAAUGAAAUCGCUGACAUCUGUGAAAAGUAUAACCUGUGGCUCCAUGUUGAUGGAGCAUGGGGCGGUGGACUCCUUAUGUCCAGAAAGCAUCGCCAUAAGCUGAACGGAAUUGAAAGGGCCAACUCUGUGACGUGGAACCCACACAAGAUGAUGGGCGUUCCUCUACAGUGUUCCGCCAUCCUGGUCAGAGAGAAGGGAAUCCUGGCAGGUUGUAACUCCAUGUGCGCUGGUUACCUGUUCCAACCAGACAAACAGUACGACGUGACCUACGACACGGGCGACAAAGCCAUCCAGUGCGGCCGACAUGUCGACAUCUUUAAGUUCUGGCUCAUGUGGAAAGCAAAAGGCACCAUAGGGUUCGAGCAACACAUUGACAAGUGUUUGGAUCUGUCCCAGUAUCUGUACAACAAGAUCAAGAACAGGGAGGGAUACGUGAUGGUGUUUGACGGAGUGCCCCAGCACACCAAUGUUUGCUUCUGGUACAUUCCACCCAGUCUGAGAGGCAUGCCCGAUGGUCCGGAGCGACAAGAAAAACUCCACAGAGUGGCACCAAAAAUCAAAGCCAUGAUGAUGGAGUCGGGGACCACCAUGGUGGGCUACCAGCCUCAGGGCAACAAAGUCAACUUCUUCCGAAUGGUCGUGUCCAACCCGGCAGCCACGCAGUCAGACAUCGACUUCCUCAUUGAUGAGAUCGAGAGGCUGGGUCACGACCUGUAGACGAGUCGACCGACACUCUCUCUCCUGACGCUGAACUCAAAGGCCAAUGAGGUGAAACGUUCACUCUGCUGCAGACAAAAGCAACCAGACGACGUGUUUGGGUCCAGUGUGUCUUUGCCUGCAGCAUUCUGACUGUUUCCCAUGACUGAAGAGAAACCACGAAAGACGGAAGCUGUUGAGUGUGUGACGUACGUGCUCUGUCCUACAGCUCCUUCUCUUGAUAAAUAUGUAAACGAUAUCUUACGAUUUUAGGCUCCAGGAACAACAAACAUGCUCUAAUGUAUGUAUGUGCUGUGAAAUCUUGUAAUAUGUGUGUGUAAUGUAGUUUUUUGUCCAAUGUUACGGUAGUUUGUCCUUCGAUGUCUGUGUGUGUGUGUGUGUGUGUGUGUGUGUGUCUGUGUGUGUGGAUGUGUGUUUGUUUGUUAAACACUUAAAGGGAGAAAAGCACAGAUCAGAAUAAUACAGACUCAUCAGGCUAUUCUGCUGUAUCAUACAUUUACUACACAAAUUUGAUCCAUUGGUGCUUUCAUAUUUAAUACCAGUGUCCGACUCCCUGGGGCAGUGUGUGUGGACAGGUGUGUUCAUGACACACUAACUGUAUACUAUCAUUAUUUUAGGCUAGCACAGUGUUAAAAAUAAGCUUAUCGCCCAAUGUGCACACUAAGUUUGUUGAGCUGAGAGGAUUUAGGUCAACUCCAGCCUCUUUUUGUCCCUGUAGAAGUUUAAGAUAAAGAUAUAAAAUGUCAGCAGCUAUCUUAAGUCUGUGACAACCUUUUACUUGUAAAACGCUGGCUCGUUGUCUGUUUCAUGCAAUCAUGUGAUACCCAUACGUGUUUAUAAUAACAUUGUUAAAAUAUUACUAUUUAAUUAUAUAAAAAACAAAUAUUUAUUGCAUUUCCACUGUUUGCAGAUUCAGGUAUUUUAUUGUAAAUGUAUCUUUAUGUGUAUUACAUGGUAAUACAUUUGUAAAUGUAAUCAUAGGAACUUGAGUAAAGUUUAUUUAUAGUAAUUUUGUCAGCCAAAGAAAGAGAAUCGGGAGCAGAGCAAUCCAUAGUCCUUCAUAUAACUUCUUAUAGAUAAUAGGUGUUUGUUAAAAUGUUACCUAAAUGACCCUGGACUGCGAUGCAAUUUCUAGUGAGUUUCUUUUUGUGAUUGUGAGUUUUUUUGACUGAAUGUUUUGAGAUGAUUGACUGGCCUUCUGAUGAGAUUAAGAAUUAAGAAUAUAAUCCUCUGGCUGCUGUGCCAGUCUUUUAUUUUAGAGAGAAGCACAAGGAUGUGAGAAUGUACUCUCGACUAGAGACUGAGGAAAGGAUUGUUGUAAUUGUCUGAAUCCUAAUGCAUUUACUGUAAUAUAGUAUAUUAAUUGUAAUUCAUAUUACCUGUAUUCUCAGUGUUAUGGGAGCUCAACAGAAAUAUCUUGUAUAAAGAGUUCCUGUUUUUGUCUUUGCACAAUGUUCACCUUCCUUUCUUCCAUUGUAAAUGGAUGUGUAUUACUGUAAGGCAGUAUAUGUAAGAGUUACGUUAGAGUAUUUAUGGUAUCUAGGGACCAUAUGUGAAUGGCACAAUUGCAUAAAUCAUAUUUAAGGUCAUCUGUGUACUGUAUGUGGCCAAUAACUCCUGUGCGUGACCGGUCUGGUUUUAGAUGGAGCCAGAUGUGAGGAAACGUCUCAGGAGGUUUUCAGUAGGCACUUUAACAGAAUCAUGCCAUCUCAGAAAAGAUAUUUAAUAAAGUCUAUUAAAGGAA